AUGUCAGUGGAAGGUGUCGGAAGGCAGAAUGCGAUUUAUGAAGAGGUCACAAUCACUGCCACAUCGAUCAGUAACUAUGGAGAUUGCUACAGCAAGUACGGAUCUUCGUUCAUAAUGGGACUGAAGUGAGAUCUCAGACUAACGUUCUCCAGGAUUGAGUUGUACUUUCAGAAGAAUGGGCCGUCCCAUAUGUUUCCGAUGUGUCACUCCGAUCCUUCUUUCUUCCAAUGUUCUUCAGCUAGCACAUCAAUACGGUAAAUCAUUCUGCUGCCUUUCCGUUUUGAAAUGCGUGAAUUCAGAAGAGAACUGUUAUGAGAGUGAAAAAGAAGCCAAGAUGACGUGUUUCGAAUCCACUCUCGUCACCAUUUCGGACGGCGCUCUCCUCUUCCGUGGGCACUCUUCCACAUUCUUACUUCUAAUCUAAUUCUUUCAGGAACGUCAGAUGAACAGGCUGCCAGUUGCAGUCCAAUCGACGGACGUUUCGAAGUGUCCUACCGAAUGAACGACGCCGCUUUGAGUUGCGAAUCCGGAGAAGGCACUACGGUGAGAAGACACAUCAUAUUCUCAUAAUUUGCCAUGAUUUCAGGCGAACAACUGCAUUUCCUCUUCGAAAAUUCAAAUUCAAUUCAAAAACUGCUCAUUUCCAGACUUUGGCAAGUUUCUUUACUUUUCAGUUUGCCAAUCUUGAAUCAAUUCCAGACAUGACUCUCCGAUGCAUCGGUUCUUGGAAAGACAAGAAAGAGCAGGUGUACUUCAUCGUGCAAAACGAGGAAAAUGAAGAUUAUCGCUGUGGAGUUGAGAAUUAAAUACCCAACAAUGUUCCAAUUACGACUAUUGCAGCUCGUGGUCGAAGAGACAAAUGUUCGGAAGCUGUACUUUGCCAACGACUCCUCGUGCUCUUCCUUGUCCCUCAAAACUGCCUUCGACAGCUACUACUUUCAUUCGGGGAUCAUCGCAAAACCAUUCGCUCCGUGUGCUUUUCCUGCUUGGAUGCAAGGCGAAUUCGAUUCGAUGAAAGUGUCCUCCCACGAACUACAGUACCUGCAGAACCACAUUGGCGCAGUCCCGCUCAUUUCCCAUUGCGUCCAGACUUUCGAAGACCGAGUUCUUGUGUUCUCGGAGACCAAAUGGUAGGUUGCACAGAGAAAUCAGCAGUCUCAGUUGAGAAACUUUCAGCGGAGAGCCGCUCGGAUAUCACUGUUUACUCUUCAACGCACGCAGUCAGAAUUUGAUUGAAUUCAAGACGAGUAUACCGACAGACAAAUCGAAUUCGAGCAUUUGCACGUGAGCAACACUUUUCUGGGUAGACACUCACUCGUUCAUUUGUACAGAAACAACACCGAAUGGGAUAAUGUGCCGUGGUUCUCGUCAGUCGUCCUCAGCACCUCCCCCUAUCCGUGCGGAAUCUUCGGCACCUUCUCCACUCCCAGUCCGCAAAAUCAAGACUACUGCUAUGACGUGGUGUUCGACUGCGACGAGCCGUCCCGAAUGAACAUCUCAGCGUACCAUUGCGCCGAUGGAGUCAUUUUCGAUGGUGAGCCCGAUGAAGUACGCUCGGAGGCACAUAAUCUGUUUUCAGCACGGUCAUACACUUGCUUAGCUUCCUGGAAACACGAUGACCGUCUUGUGAUAUAUGCGAGCAGAGGAAACAACGAAAAAGAAUGUUUUGUGACCAACUUCAAAGACGGCAAACUGUUCAUGGCAGCCACUGGGGACCAAUGCGAAAGGAACAUUGAUUUUGAGAAGAACGGAGAUCUCGUCACAGUUGUGCAAGAGAAAAGUAAAAGGCCUCAUCAGUUCGAUGAUCACACAAAUUCUUCAGAAGCAUGUCGAAAGCACACUUUCAAGUCCAGAAAACCAUCCACGUCUCUUAAACUGUCGUCACCUCCUCGAGUAGAGUACAAUACGACGGAAGGCCCUUCAGAAGACUCGACGACGCCUCUUUCUGUUCUUUCCGACGAAUUCUGGUUUUCUGCAUCUGGUGGCACCAAAACUUUUAUGUGCUCCGUCAUUAUUGCAUUCUUUAUCCUAUAA